AUGGACACCCUCUCAGUCCUCUCCUCCUGUGUCUCCGCAAUGGCUCCUCUCUCCAUAAUCACAGCAACAGGUGCUCUAAUGACUUAUUACAAAGCUUUCGACAAAUCCACAAACGACAUGAUAGCGAAUUCCUGCUACAAGUUCUUUUUUCCCUUAUUUAUAUCUCUCAAUUUAAUAGCAGCGACCAACAGUGACAAGCUUUCAGACGAGUGGCCUUUAUUGGUAAUCCCAAUUUUAGCCAUUCUGCUGGGUAAGUAUGACAAAACCAUAAAAAAAUCAAUUAUUUUCCUAUAAAUAAUUUUUUAAAAAAAAAAUAUAUUAUUUUAUAUAUGAAUUUAUCACCAUUCUGAUAUCCUCAAUUGUGUCUUUUAUCCACAUUCCACUAUGUAAACCACCUCACGAAAUCAGGUUUACAAUGCAUUAUGUCCUUGUUUUUGCCAGUUCAGGAAGCAUUCCGCUUCUUUUGACGCAAGGAAUGUGCAAAUAUGGACCUCUUAAAGGGGAUGAUACUUGUGAUAAUGCAGCGUCUUAUGUUUAUAUACAACUAAUCCCUUUUGCUGUGAUUACGUGAACUUAUGGGUUUGUUCUUGUAUAUACUGACCAUUUAGAAAAGAGAAAAUUGCUUAAAGUUAUGAAAAAUUCAGAAGAAAAGCAUAAAGAAAGUGAAGAAGAAGAAGCCUUGGAAUCGGAAAAUCUUGGGCGAAAUAAUGUGGAAAUUCUGAUACCUCCUAAUUAUACAGACACUCCAAAAAGAGAAGAUGAAAAGCCGAAAACAUUGAAAUAUAUGGCUAAAGAAUUUUUAUUCAAAAAUAUUGUAAAAUAAAUCGGCUCAAAAUUUUUUAAUUAAAACAAAUAUAAAAAUUUCCCGAUAAUGACGCUCAAUGCGCCAUCAUCGGGCAACGUCAGAAAAGUGUCCACAUGGGAAAUGGGUUCCACAUGUGAAGCUCUUUUUGGCGCGUGGAAGUAAGGAUUCUUUACAUGUUAAAAAGGGCUCCACACGUGGAACCCAUUUCCCUUGUGGACCCUUUUCUGGUGCUGCCAGAUGAUGGCGCAUUGAGAGCGCCAUCAUCGGGCAACCCCUAUAUAUCUUAAUGUCACAACUUAUAAGACCAGUCCCAGUUUCCUGCUACUUAGGCUUAGCAUUAGGCUGUAUUCCAGGGAUUCAUGAUAUUUUCACUAACAGUGAUGCAAUUCUAAACCCUUUAUACAACGGCGGAUACCUUGUAGGAUACAGCGGCGUGAUUUUAUCACAAAUGAUUUUGGGCAGCAACUUACUUUUGUCAAGAAAAAAUAAAAAAUUGGUUUCAAAAUUUUUAUAUACUUUUUUAAAUGUAUACUUUCUUAAUAAAACUCAAAAAAAAUUAUACGAUUUUUUUAUAUAGGAAAGGCAUAUUUUUUCAAUAGUCGCAUUAAGAUGCAUUUUAAUCACAAGUAUCGGACUUCUGAUCAUCUGGGGCUUAUGGACAGCAGAUAUAUUUUUAGGCGACAAAACAAUGGCUUAUGUCAGUUUCAUGAAUUUCGCAACUCCAAGUACAGUAAUCGCAUCAGUUUUGUGUCAGAUCCUAGACGUAGGAAUAGAAGAUACAAGCGUUGUACUAUUUUGGAUGUACGCGUUUUCAUUCUUUUCGUUGACUAUUCUUUUUUAUUUAUUUUUAAAUUUUUUUUAAUUAAUUCGCAUAAAAAAUAUAUUAAUUAUAAAGAAAAUUACUAGUAAAUUUAUAUAUAAAUGUAUAUAUCCUCGUAUAUUUUAUUUUUGGUUAUUUAG